CGAAGGUGGGGCCCACAGAAGGGCCCAAGGCUUCCUAUCGGAAAUGAGGCUUUGACGACUUCUGAAGCAACCACAAGCAAGCAUCGUCCCACCGCUCCCUGCAGCAUCCCAGCCCAAACCGACGCGCAACAGCAUAGUCAAUAAUGAUCAGAACAUAGAAUAUCUCGAGAUCAACUCUCCCAACGUCCUCCCGCGACGAGACUACUACCACCUCAAAUAAUACCUCUCUCAGUCACCAGGACAGAGCUGUCUGCGCGCGCAAAGCAGUUUCUGAUCAAGUAAUUCCUAGCAAGCGAAAACACACCAUGUCGACCUCUUCCGGAUCACCAGAGUCCUGGAUCUCUUCCUUUUGCUCCCUCCUCGGCCACGAAUACUUUGCCGAAGUGUCAGAGGACUUUAUCGAAGAUGACUUCAACCUCACUGGUCUUCAAAGCCAGGUGACUAUGUACAAGGAGGCGCUGGAGAUGAUUCUCGAUGUUGAACCAGAAGACGAUGAGGAUGACGAGGACGAGGAAGAGGAGGACGAGGAGGACAUUUCAGGAGAUGGACGAGAUGGUCUUGCCGGUCGCCAUGAACGCCGACACCACAGCCGCAUAGCUAGCGACCUAUCGGUCAUUGAGUCCUCGGCCGAGAUGCUCUACGGCCUCAUCCACCAGCGGUAUAUCUGUUCCAGGGCCGGCAUCCAGCAAAUGUCGGAAAAGUACGAGCUCAGUCACUUCGGAGUAUGCCCCCGGACGAACUGCAACCAGACGAGAACGCUGCCAGUUGGCCUCUCGGAUACGCCUGGUGAGGACACGGUCAAGCUCUUCUGCCCAUCGUGUCUCGACGUCUAUGUACCCCCUAACAGCCGAUUCCAAACGGUCGAUGGGGCCUUCUUUGGCCGCACCUUUGGCGCUCUCUUUCUUCUCACCUUCCCAGAUUACGACUUGACAAAGUCAGGAGGCGAGCAGCUUGCGAACCUUACUCGGACUGACGAGUCGCUAAACAUCAAUGGCAUGUGGGCGCGGAAUAUUGCGCCUGGUCUGGGCAAAGGCAGGGUCUACGAGCCAAAGAUUUAUGGUUUCAGAGUUUCGGAACUGGCACGCUCCGGGCCACGAAUGCAAUGGCUGCGGAAAAAGCCAGAGGAUAUCACGGUGCUGGACGAAGCCCGUCACUUUGCUGAAGAGGAUGGUGACUCGGAUGACGAUGACGAGAACAUGAACAUGAGUGGGAGACCGGUGGCCAGGAGACGUCGACCAGGAAAUGCGAGGGUGAAGAGACAAGGGCAAAAUGGGAGCCCCAUGGCCACCGAGGCCAAUGGCGCCGAAUCGGAACUCUAGUUGGUUGGCAUAACAUGGCAUAAGCAUAAAUCUUGAGCGAACGUUUUGUUUCUCUUCUUUCUGUUGCGAAUCUGGAGUGCAGUGCUUGUAACAAAACUGGCGUCAGCCAUACAAGCAAGCAUUCAAGCAUGGUUAGGCGUUGUGCUCGGCUAUUUCCCACCGUGAGACUGGGAAACGACGUCUGUUGGCGGCCAGCAGAUUGUAGACAGCGUUGGAUGCUGGAUGGUUGGUUUGGUUUUGGGAUGUAAUGGGAGUAUUGGGCAAUGAUAGACAAUUGAAGGCAAUUAUUUCUACAAGAGGGAAAGAUCUGAAU